CCAACACCCACCAUGGCCGGACUCAUAGAACAGAUCGACGGCGCCAUCUCCAGCCUCGUGGCCGACUGGAAUGGCUACUCCACCCUCAUCGCCCUGGCCAUCGUCGGCUUCCUGGGCUGGGUCAUCUACGACAACGCUGACGCCGACACGCACCCGCUGCUGCUCGCACGCCAGGCACAGGCUGCCUAUGUGAGGCACCCCGGCGAGUCUGCCAUCUUCAGGUCGCCCGAGACGCCCCAUGGCUACCCGCUGCGUACCGGUCUUGCCGUACGGCCUCCGGGCGCUCCCAUGUACUCUGCUGGCAAGGAUGGCGACCUCCGCGACAUCUGGCGACGUGUGAUGGGCGAGAUUCCUCUCGAUAAGGGCGCCACAUCCAGCGGCACGGCACAUGUUGUGACCGUCUUCGGCAAGGACGGCGUCACCGAGCACAAGAUUGAUGAUGUUACCAAGGAGAUUGCUGUGGUUGGAAAACACCUGCAGGAUCGCGGGGCAAAGCGCGUGGCCGUCUACCUGCCCAACAGCCUCGAGUUCCUCAGCACCCUCUUCGCCGGCGCCUUCUAUGGCUUCACGCCCAUCCUGGUCCCGUACAACCAGCCGCAGCAAACACUGACCGAGUUUCUCGUCCAGACGGGCGCCGACACGCUGAUCGCCGAGGCCGGCUCCGUACCUCUUGCAGAUGUCAGCCAAGCCGUACCAGGCCUUCGCUCCAUCGUCUGGACCGUGGAGAAGACAAGCAGGCACAUGGACUGGAGCGAGGUGCCCGAGGGCAUUGGCGGCAAGGUCGAUGUGUCUGUCUGGCACGAGCUCGUCCAGGACCAGAAGAACGGAGGCGCCGCACUUCCCUCGAUUUCGGAGACGCCCCCAGGUGUCGUCUUCCUCUGGCAAGAGGUGGGAGCAAGCUCUGCUGAAAUUGUCGAGUUCACCCAACAGAACCUUGCUGCUGCCGUGGGCGCGCUCAUUACGUCUCUCCCAGCAGUGCACCGUCUCAACUCGUCGGACACGUUCCUCCCCGUCGAUGCCUUUACCCACUCGUACUGCCUGUGCUUGACGCUCGCUGCCCUGUUUUCACAUGCCACUGUCGUCGUGCAGUCUGUAGCGGGCCCAGGCGUGGAUCUGACGCUAGCCACUCGCUCCAUUGCGCCCACUGUUACUGUCGUGUCUGCCGAGACGGCCGCCAAGCUGCACAGUACCACCAAGAGCUCUGUGACGGGCGGCCUGCAGAAACUGGCGCACUACCUCGAGUCUCGCAUGCUAGCGGCCGGCCGCUUGCCUACUGACAACGUGCUUGGCAAGCUGAACCCGCCCGUCCGCGCCGACAUUGGCACGACACCGGGCAGGCUGCGUCUAAUGUUUGUUUCUGAGCGACAGGGCUUGAACACCCCCCCGCUGAGCUCGGAGGAUCUGUCCGACCUUCGCAUCUACACCAAGGCCCGUGUAGUGUACGCCCUGACUAGCGCCAAGGUAGCUGGAGCCGUGGCACAGACGAACAUUUACGACUACCGCACAGGCGAGACAGGGUCGAACAAGCAUAGCCACUUUGGCAUUCCGCUGAGCUGUGUCGAGAUCAAGGUCAAGGACACGGCGCAGCUCAAGACGACGGACGAGCAGAUUGUUGGUGAGCUAGUCGUCAGCGGGUCGUCAGUGGCUGGCGGCGAGGCGUCGCUUGGGGUGAACGCGACUCUGCGGGACGACCACACGUUGGCGUAUGUCUAGACAGCGACGGUGCGGGAUGGAGGAGUGAAUGAAUGGACACGUAGGUGUAGUGGCGGGCGAGCAAGGCGCCUGUCGAGCAGCAUACGUAGCGAGCAAAGAAAAAAAAGAAACACGGGCAGCAGCCAAAGCAUGUGUGCAGUGUAGAAGCGACGGUGAAAAGGCCGUUGA